UCGGCUUCGCCAGCUGACGCACGUGAAUGACGUGAGACGUCAGGCAUCAGCCCGGUUAGCCUCUUCGACGGCCCACACGUUCACUGCGCAUGGGCCGGCAUGGGCUGAGGUCUCCUGUCAGUGUCUGACAUCACUGGGUCCUUGAAUGCGUUCCCGCACGUACCAGAUCGCGCCGGAUGCUUCUCGAGAGGGCAACCUCUCGAAAAAGAGAGAACGGAUAGCAUCGUAGACACUUGACCGCGAGUCGACGUGUGAGCCACCGUUGGACGUUCCCCCGCACCUGGACAAGAUGUGCGUGUCGAUGACGGCGCUUGGUCGGCGAGGGUUCACCUCGAGGGAUGUCAUGCGGCUGAGCGUUAAGCGACCGCGUUGCUCCAGCUGCGAGUCGUCGAUGAGCAACGUCCUGUCACGACGGUGUCCCGCGUCGUUGUACGUCGACGAUGUCUCGCGAGUCCUGGGUUGCUUCCGCACGAGGACGUUCUCGUCCGCGAGGACUCCGAUCUCCCCCGACGCCGUCGUCGACGCUCUGACGAAGCGGCAAGCGAAGGAGCUGGUGUCGAAGCUCACCCCGGAGGAGCGCGGCUUGUUCUUGACGGCGUUGAACGAAAGCAAGUCGGCGGAGGAUAAGGCUGGCUAUGAAGGUCAAUUGGCAGCUAUCCGAUGGAGGAGCAAGUUGGGUAGACCUAGCAAAAUACCGUCGCUGGGCGAGGUGGAUCCUACAGGAACUUACUGUCCUAUGCCAGAAGAUUGGUUAAAUCGCAAGUAUGUUGAACACGUUGCAGAGCCAACUACAAAAGACCUGGUGUUAGUCGCGAUCGCGAAUGCAAUUCCGUUCGUCGGGUUUGGUUUUCUUGACAACUUCAUCAUGAUCGUUGCUGGCGAUCAAAUCGAGUUGAUGCUGAACAGACGGUUCCCGAUCUCCACUAUGGCAGCGGCAGCACUGGGCAACACGGUCUCCGAUGUCAUUGGAAUCGGUUCGGUGCAUUACGUUGAGAUGUUCGCCCAAAAGAUCGGCUUCGAAGCGCCCAAGUUAACUCUAGUACAACUGAAUCUACCUAGGACACGGAUAGCCGCGAAUUUGGGUCGGGUCAUCGGUGUUACGAUUGGGUGCAUUAUUGGCAUGACACCUAUACCUAUAGCCGCGCUUUUCCGCAAUGGUAGUUGAAUUGCCCUAAAAAACGACUGGGAAACGAAUUAAUUUAAUUAACAUGUAGGAUAGGCCACUGAUAUCCCGCAAAUGCCUGCAAAUUUUUAUAAUUUUAACUUGACUAUCACAAAUAACACGAUUUGCGUUUGAACAAGUAUUACAAAAUAUUUAAUAUAUAAAUGUAUAGAAUGUAUAGUACGUAAUGGUAUAGAGCAAAGUUUGCGUGUGAUUAUGAGAUUGUUUCUUUAACGGUUGAGAUUUUUUUAAACCUACUGAGAUUUUAACAUCUACUGCGUUUUACGAGACUUUAAUUCGGCGCAAAAUCUAUUAAUUUUAAGUGAAAGCAAUUAAAAAAAGCUUGUAUGUGUGAUCUCAGAGAUUAAACUAGAAUAAAAACUUGUUUUAAUACCAGUCUUCCAAAAAAAAAAAA